CGAAACUAUUCAGUUACAUUCAGAGCUGUCUUCACAAACCUCGGCGCGAGCGGAAGACUGCCCCCAACUUCCCUUGGUAGUUACUACAGUGGUCAGGAUCAUGACGGUCAAGUUACAUUGGUCAGCGGUAUUCAACGCUGGACCGUGCAGUACACAGGCGACUACAGAAUAGAGGCAGUAGGAGCUGCAGGGGGGUACGACACGGGAAGUAACGCAGGCAUAUUUCGUGGAAGAGGUGCUAGAAUGGAGGGGACUUUUAACUUAUCUCAAGGCGAAACAAUUCAAAUACUCGUGGGUCAAGAGGGUGGAAUUAACAAUGUAACUACUUCUGCUGGAGGCGGUGGAGGUACGUUUGUGGUCAUGAUUGGAAACAAAACGCCAUUGAUAGUGGCUGGUGGAGGAGGAGGCGUGAAUUAUUCCAACACAAGAUAUACUGGAUGUGAUGCAACGACGGCGACAAUAGGUAGAACUGGGCACCUGUCAUUGGCGGGAGGCGGUGGUGGUCUGGGAUCAGAGACCGGCCAGAGUACAAAUUUAGGUGAGAAAAUUUAACUGUAUAAGAGUGGAUCCUUCUUUUAAAAGCAGCAAUCUUAUGACCAUCCGUUCGGAUUCAGUCAGAUAAUCCACUAAACUACCCUGGCUCCAGAGGUCCGUUCUCAAAAUACCUAAUAUUAAAUAAACCGUGCUUACGGUCUGAUAAGGCUCCCGAGACGGACCUCUGGUUACACAAGCACGCAACCUCAUUUCCAUGCGAGAAAUCAGUUCAGAAUCUGAACUGGGUCGCCGAUUGUUUACUCCCACGUCCGCAGGGGACAUUAAUGCUGUAACAGUGACCUUGAUUAGCUGCAUCGAAGAACUUCACCGCAAGAGAUAAAAAAAACCGGUUGCGAUCAGAUGUUCAUAACAAACAAUAUAAUCCCGGGUUAUAAUUCGGAGAUCUCGACUUUUAUGUUUCCCUUUGGAUGUGUGGCUAAGCAGUCUCUGGCUAAACUUCGAAAUAAUUUAAGCGAACAUCCGACAACUGGAUCAACGUUGCUCGAGGAAGAAGCUUUGUUUGAAUUUUUCCUACCAAAGGACGUACUUUGAAUGAAUGUGAUGAUUUCCUGCUAUAGUUUGUCUAGGGCUCAGUUCUGCAGUGUUGUUUGCGCUGGAUGUCCAAGAUGUUGAAUUCUCACGGAUAGUACCCUGGGUGCAAAAGGUUUAUUCUUUUUUCCCUAAUUCCUGAUAGUUCGCGGCGCGGGUCUAUUUGCUAAAAAAUGCAGCAGAAUGAUGUUUUAUUUGGUAUAGCCGUUUUGUCUGGCAAUAUUUAGUUGACCUGGUAAAGUAAUACAAGUGUCGCGGACCUCCUUUUAUUCUGUUGACUUCCAAAAACAUACAGAGCUCGAGUGUGUACUUCUCAGACUUCUCAGCUGACUUCUGCCUUUUUUAUAUACUUGGCACUUGAAGUGUAUUUUUUGGAAAAGAAUUUGUGACAACUUUUAAUACACCGUAGCAAAGUGAGCUUUCGCGCAAUCCUAUUGUCCUGCAUCGCAGACGCAGAGUCACGUAGGAUCAAAUCUCAGCUGUCAGCGUCAAUGAAAACAAACAUGCACAUCAGCUCCAAACCGGUUUGGUGAGAUAUUUGAUCCUAACACUGCAUGGAAGUGAGACUAGUAGCUCCCGUGGCCAGAGGUUAUUUUUUUCUCUCGGCGCUUCGCGCCUCGUUAAAUCGGCUACGCCGCGAACCAUCAGUAUCGAUAACACAAAAAUAUUCUCUGGAACCCAGGAUACCACUAAACAACCUUUUCUUGAAUAACUGACACUUUGAAGUUAUUAAUAGAGAGAUUAAGCAUCGCGUUUUCGGAAAAAGGCAAAGAUACAUUUGUACCACGUGACCAAGUUUUCCCGUUAAUUGUCGUUUACCGGUUCAUUAUAACUACACGAAAAUCGGUAGAUUCACGCCAAUUCUAUUCAUAACAACUGCUUUAAUCUGUUGACCGCUCAUUUCUCAUUUUGUAAAAUUUCUCAACUUGAAUCUCCCGUUUGCUGCUUUUGGUACAGUAAAUCACAUCUCAUGCCCACUCUCUAAACUCUCUUCUAUAUUUUUAGAUGGUGUGAAAGUUAUUUAACUCCAUUUCCUUGAGUAAACCAUUCAGCUCGCCGAAUUUUCUUCAACUGAAAUUUUUGAUUACUUGAUAUUUACAUUUGGGAAAAAUUUCACCCUCUUUAUCUAGGUAUUGUAGUGAAAAAUAUUGCCAUUCAAUCAUUAGCCCGCGAAACAGCCGUCAUACUCGCUCUUGCGUCCCCAGCGGCAAGAAGUUCAACACCCUUUUUUAAUCUUUUUCCGGUAAAGGAAACUUACCGUACGGUGGAUAGCGCUCUCCGUCUUUUAAACUACUGAGAAUCGGAAAGAAAAGGGAAUUUGUAAAGCUUCUUUAUUUCUUUACUUUAGGCGGUGGCGGCGGUGGGUUCUACACCAGUGGACGAAGUUCAACGCAGUUUGGAGGUUCGAAUGGGACUGGUGGAGAAGGAGGUAGAGGGUUUAUUCAGGGAGGAAUUGGUGGAAGAUCUUGGUUAAAAAAUGUUGUUGGGGGAUUUGGAGGAGGUGGUGGUGCUUAUGGAAGCGGAGGAGGUGGUGGUGGUGGUGGAGGCUACUCUGGGGGUGGUAGCGGGAAAGGUUUACCGGAAGCCUGUGGAGGAGGGGGAGGAUCCUACAACGCUGGAAAGAAUCAGCAAAAUGAAUGUUGUUACAAUGCAGCUGGACAUGGUCAGGUGACCAUAACACUAAUUUAA